GCGCAGUCGCCAUUGUUCACACUAUAACGUUAGAUUAGCCGAGUACCGUCAAUCUCUCCUCAGACGAGAAUCUGUUCACCGUUUGUGAUUUUAAAUCAAAGAUACGUCAAACUAGUGAUUACUGCUCGUGUGUGUGAUUAAGUGAAGAUAAUGACGGAUCAGAGGAGUGGAUAUCAGCAGUUGAAUACUGACGAGUCGUCGUCUGUGGAGGUGUUUGAAGAAGCCUCUGACGCACCUCCUCCGUACAGCAGCAUCACAGCGAGUGACGCAGCUUUCUUUGAGUAUAAGGAGGACGAGGUUUACCCCAAACCUCCGUCGUACAAUGUUGCCACGUCACUGCCGUCAUACGACGAGGCCGAGAGGAGCAAAGUGGAGGCCAGCGUUCCUCUCGUCACCGACAGGGAUGAGGACUUCAUUGCUAGAGACAGCUUCGAAGAUACGGAUCAACUGCGUGUUGGGAAUGAUGGGAUAUUCAUGCUUACGUUUUUCAUGGCGUUCCUCUUUAACUGGAUUGGCUUCUUCCUGUCCUUCUGUCUGACCACGUCUGCGGCGGGACGCUAUGGAGCCAUCUCUGGGUUUGGACUGUCUCUGGUCAAGUGGGUCCUGAUUGUCAGGUUUUCUACCUACUUCCCUGGAUAUUUUGAUGGCCAGUACUGGCUGUGGUGGGUUUUCCUUGUUGUAGGAUUCCUGCUGUUCUUCCGGGGAUUUGUUAACUAUUCCAGAGUGCGCAACAUGGCAGAUCACUCCAUGUCUACUCUUCCUCGAACCCGAGUUCUUUUUAUCUAUUAGGUAAAUAGUUUUUUUUUUAGAUCGGUUUAUGUGUGUGCAUUGCAUUAGGGGAAAAUCGAUUAAAAGACAACCUUUCAGUGAUUUUGAAAUAAUUGUGAUCAUGAUAUUAAAUUGAAGGAUAAGUGUUUUCUCUUUUUUUGACUUUGUAAAAUAAAUUAUAAAAUAAAUUAUAAUCUCAGGAUAAUUGCAAAAUGAACAAAACGGAAAAUAAAAGAGAAACGCCUACAGCUUUUUUUUUUAAUCUUCAGGACAUAAACAACAAAAGUGCAAAGAACACGUCUGCUUCAGACGCCCUUGUUUGCAUAAUGCAACUAAUUACAUUGGCAUUUUGACUAACUGCUUUCCAGUUCCUCCAACCAUUAAUCAGUGCUUAAUUCAGUCUUACAGUAUACUUUCAUUAUGCAGUUAAAAACUACUUACAUUUGCAUGUGCUUCAUCAAUAAUCUGCUUUUGUAAAAUUCCCAGUCACCGUUUGUUUCUGUGGGUUUUCACUUAAUUUGUGGGAAGGUUGUAAAUUUACUUUGAGUAAACCUAGUGAGCUAGAACAAGAGUAUGUAUAUACAGUAUACGACAAGAGAGAUAUUAAAUGUUAUAAACAUGCACUUUCAAGAUAUAAAAAGAAUAAGAUCCUUGUAAAGCCAAAAGCAUAUUAAGGCAACGUUUAUUCAAGAAUAUGUCGGUUUGUUUUAAGUUACUGUCACAAAAUGGACCAAAAUAGACUUAUUGUAUAAUAGAUUAUCUUAGACUGAUAGCAGUUCAAUAUAUGGUUCAGAAUUAAAGCACACCUGGUUAUGUAAUGCGCUUAAUCAAUCAGUAUGAGUUACAGAAUAUCUUAUGAUGCCAAAUGUAGCAGUUCAUUGAUCUUUUCAUUUUUAUUUGUAUUGAAGGCUUCAGUGUGGGAUAGUGCUUCACGAUGUGUUUGUGAUUUGUAUGUUUUACACUUGUCCUGUAACUUUUAAUAAAUGUAACAUCUAUGGCAGCACCACA